GGUGUAGGGGUCCCGUCCCCCCACCCCCUCGACCCCGGCCCCAUGGAGCAACUAUAGGGUUUGUGCUAUAAACAGCUAAUCACUGCCACAAUGACAUCUUCAAGCUCUGCCCAGCAUCCAGCAGCUGAGAAUGCCUGCAGAAUCACACUGGGACAAGUUAAUCAGGUGCGACCCAAACUGCCGCUUCUGAAGAUUCUGCAGGCUGCAGGUGCCCAAGGUGAAACCUUCACACUGAAGGAGGUUAUGCAUUACCUAGGACAGUAUAUAAUGGUGAGGCAGCUAUAUGACAAAAGACAGCAACACAUGGUCUAUUGUGGAGGAGAUCAGCUGGGAGAACUGCUGGGAUUGGAGAGCUUCUCUGUAAAAGAUCCAAGCCCAGUCUAUGACAUGUUGAAACGGAACCUGACGUCUGCUGCAAUGGCAGAUGCUGCACAGAAUCUCGCAAAGGAACAGAGCGUCGAUAAGCCAAGCCAAGACCAGCUGAAGUUUAGCCGGCAAGAAGGUUCUGACACUGGCAUCAUGGAGGGUGAAAGCAAUGCUUCUGCUUUGUCUACCUCAGAGCAAAAAUGUGAGAACUAUGAAGACAAAGACUUAAUAGAAAACCUCUCUAAAAGCAAGAAGCCUAAACUGGACCUAGUGUUUGAGGAAUGGGAUGUAGCUGGUCUUCCAUGGUGGUUUUUAGGCAACCUCAGAAGCAAUUACAAGUCCAGAAGUAAUGGAUCAACAGAUAUUCAGACUAACCAGGACAUAGACACGGCCGUUGUUUCGGAUACUACUGAUGACUUGUGGUUCCUCAACGAAUGCCCGUCGGACCAGAGCAGUGCUGCAGUCAAGGUGGAAACGGUUGACUGCGAGGAAGUGAAGGAAGGUGACAAAAAGGUGACCGAGGAUGCAUGUUUGCAUGACUUUGAGGAUUCUCAAUGCUUAAGUGAUGACACAGAUACAGAAGCUGCUUCUGAGGACUGCUGGCAGUGCACCAAGUGCAAGAAAUUUAACUCUCCAGGCAAACGGUACUGUUACCGCUGCUGGGCAUUACGGAAAGACUGGUACUCAGAUUGUCCCAAACUGGCUCAUUCUCUUUCUCUGUCCAACAUUGAUGCUAUGCAAAACAAAAAUGAUGGUGAAGGGAUAGAUGUCCCGGACUGCCGAAGGACUAUUUCUGCUCCAGUUGGCCAACCCAAAGACCUGUACAUGGUAGAAAACAAAUCACGUGUAGAUCCCUGCAGCUCUAUUGAGUCUUUGGAUUUGGCACGAGAAUGUGAAGGCAAGGAGUCUCUGUUGCAUUUCACUGAGCAUAAAAAGGAGGAAGAAAUACAGUCUUUAGAGAGUAUAAAAAAAUUACUGAAUCCUUGCUUCUUAUGCCAUCACAGACCACGGGAUGGGAAUAUUGUCCAUGGAAGGACUGCUCACCUUGUGGCCUGUUUCAAGUGUGCAAAGAUGCUGAAGAAAAAGAGAUCACCCUGCCCAGUGUGCAGGAAAGAGAUCGAGAUGGUGAUCAGGAUCUUUAUGGGGUAGUUGUGCCAGUUCAGGCCUUCUCCACCAAAAGAUAGCGCACAGGUUUUCUUGCACUCGCACAAACUCUAACUUCAGAAGUCGGCCAGUGAAUACCAAAGAGCAUUAAGAUUCAGAUCUGACCAAGAACCCUGAGGAAGCCUCUGCAUUAAAUGAAGCGGCAUCCAUUUUUCGAUGUCCAUGUGAAUUAAAGCCUGUAGGGCGCAGGGAGUGACUGGCACGUUGGUAUCAAUGCCCUAGCUUUGAAAUUGUCUAAAUCUUCUAAUUUGAGCCCAGUGGUGUCACUAGGAUUCUCUGUUCUGACAACUGGUCCUUGAAGAAAACAAGUUUUGGAAAGAGUUAUAACUUUGGCUGUUGGAGUGUUGUUCUCCAGUAAGUCAAACCCUGUGCAAUGCCUUCUAAGGGGGAAGUCUGCAUCUGAGAUAGAUAUAUACAGA